UACUUUAGAAUUUUUUCGCAUUUCCAGUGAUUUUAUUUCUUGAAAGUUCGCAAUAACUUCGUUUUAAAUGGUAAUUUCGGUAUAUAGUAAAAUAUUAAAAAAAAUGUCAAUAUUGUAGCAAUUUUUUUAACGUCCUAGCAUUUUUAAACCAAAAUGCGAAUUCUUAAUAAGGAUUUAUUCUUCAUUUUCAUAGUUCUCAUAUUUGUAUUUAGCUUAAAGAACAUUCUCGAAAGUUUUUUCAUUGUUUCACCUAGUUUGCUUCAACCGCUUUUUCUGGAACCAUUCGUGCUUGAAGAAGAACGAGGAAAAAGAAAACUUGUACUACUACAAAUGAUAUUUAGGCAUGGUCAUCGUGCUCCAUAUCAAACAUUUCCAUCGAACCCAUACAAUAUCUUUGUUUGGGAGGAAGGAUAUGAAUCUUUAACAAAGCUAGGGCGGCUACAAAAUUAUGUAAUGGGUCGUCACUUACAAGAGAUGUACUACGAUUUCAUAACAACAAAUCCUAAGGAAAUUCAAGUUUUUACAUCGGAGGCAGCUCGUUCUUUCUAUGGGUCAUACGCGUUUGUUACGGGCUUAUAUGCACCUAAAAAGGAAUACCAAUUCACAGAAGAAAUCUUAUGGCAGCCCAUCACUUCGAUAACUUCAGAAUCUGUUACAAUUUUGGGAAGAGGUGAUUGUCUUAGAGCUGAAUUGGAAGAGUAUGCUUUUGCCAAAACAAAAUUGUUUAACGAAACUAACGAAAGAUUCAGACUUUUUUUCAGAUACUUGUCUUUUCACGUUGGUGCAAAAGUAGACACGUGUUUAGUUGCUGCACGAGUAGCUAAAACACUAAACUCACAGGAAGCCUACAACUUAACGUCUCCAAAAUGGGCCCUACUCUAUUGGGAAGAACUACAACAUCAGAUCGUCCUCAACUAUUACUUUCGAUAUGCAACAAAAACUUUAAUCAGAUUAAGAGUAGGGAACUUGUUGAAACAUAUGAUUAAUAGCAUGCAAAAAAGAAUAAACAAUGAAAAUAUCGAUACUCGAGUUAUUGCUUAUUCUGGGCAUGGAAGUACGAUUAACCAAGUACUAUUUAGUCUGAAUCAGUAUAACAAUUUGGAAACACCUAUGGCUGCCACUUUUAUUGCUGAACUAUGGAAGGAAAGGAAAAACAAAUAUUCUGUUCGGUGGCUCUUGUUUAAUUCUUCCAAUCCAGAGAAGCAUAUCAAUCCACCCAUUGCUCUGUAUUUUGAAGAUUGCGGAGGAGAAUUCUGUCCAUUAGAAAACUUAAUCAAUAGAACAAAAGACUUUAUACCAACUAACUGGGACGACGAAUGCGAUUUUAAAGUGCAUAUACCCUUAGAGAAACUAGACCCUGUUGCUGAUUUACCCCCAGUAAGUAAUAGUAAAAUGAGUUUCAUUCUUUUUUUUUUCAUUUUUUCAUUAUUUUCUUUUUUUUAAGAGAUUAAAAUAUACGUUUUAGAAAAUGGAUAUUACACGUCAGACCUCAUGCUAUACAAAUAGUUUGAUAUGGAAAUGGUUAGGCUAAUUUUUUUAAAGUUGUGAUUCAAACCAAAUAUGGAAAUCAAUAGCUUACACCACGAUGAGCUUUGAAUUUACUGGUAGAGAAGGUAGGCUCAAAGGAGAUAAAAAAUUUUAUGUACUAUCUAGGCAAGUGGAGUAGAGUUUCCUGCAUUAUUUCUUUACGCUUCAUCAAAUGAAACCGAAACCAAGUAAAUAGGAAAAUUAGCUCAUAAAUUGUAAAAGGAAUUACGAAUAAGGAGUACUAUUUUGUACCUACUUAUAUCUUUUUUACACAUUUUUUUCUUGCUGCAUUUGUUAACUUGACAAUUGACUCAAAGUUUCGUAUGCAUUAUUUUAUGUUAAAUGAAAAACAAAAUCAUGAUUAUAAGAUCAAUAGUUCAAAAGAUAUA